AUGUUGGUGUGCUUGUACGUCCAGUUAUCCCGCUACUUACUUUCCGUUUCGGACUCCUCGCACACUCCACAGCUGCGCUUCUCUUCUGAAGCUCCCCUCGGAUUAUAUUCACGGACUAUCACAAUGCUGAUUUCACUUAUACCAGUGGCUCGGGUUCAAGGGAGUCAUAAAGCUGUGGUAUCCAUGAAGCCUGAUACACAUGUGUUCAUUGGAGAAACUGUUACUCUCAGAUGUGAAAUACAGAAUGGUAGGGACAUUCCAAAGAUAUACAGCUGGUAUAAAAAUAAAAACAGGCUUACAGACCCCACAGAACAGACUUUCACAAUCCAGACUGUUAGAGACUCUGACAGCGGAUACUACACCUGUGGAGAAUCGAGUUUAUUCCAGAGCUCAGAUACCAGUGAAGCUGUUACAAUGACUGUAUCAGCUAAACCCAAACCGACUGUGAGAGUGAAUCCUCAGAGCUCCGUCUACACUGGAGACACCAUCACUCUGAGCUGUGAGCUGCAGUCUACUGGAUGGGAGAUUCAGUGGCAUAAAAAUAAUCAGCAGUUACAACCUCAGAACAGUGAACAAGCAAACACACUGAAUAUGACAGUCAUUAAUGCAGAGGAAACAGAGUAUAAGUGUCGUGCACGCAGGAGAAACUACAGACUUUACUACACAGAGUUCAGUGAUCCUGUGAAGGUUACAGCGAGAGAGAGACCACAGGCAGUACUGAGUGUAUCUCCACAGAACUGGCUGACUGAAGGAGACUCAGUGACUCUAAGCUGUGAGGUUACAGACUCCUCUACAGACUGGACAUUCAGCUGGUACACAGUUGUUCCCUACAGAGACGGAUUAACUGAAGGACAAAUUAAUCAUGGCUAUAUCAUGUAUGUGGAGCUUCUCUCAGACAGCACCAGAGGAUCUGGAGGCAACCACACUCUCAGUCCUUCUGCUCUUCAUCACACAGGAGUUUAUGUGUGUAGAGGAGAGAGAGGAGAACCAGUCAUGCACACACUGUACAGCAAUUCACAGCCUCUAUGGAUUUCUGGUGAAUCUCCUCCAGUGUCUCUGAUCAUCAGUCCCAGCAGAACUCAACACUUUACUCGUGACUCUCUCUCACUGAGCUGUGAGGACCAGAGUAUCUCUACUGGAUGGACAGUGAGACGAUACACAGACAGUGAAGGAGUGUUAGAUUGUUCACAGUGGGGAUCAGUUACAGGAUCUACAUGUAACAUCAGCUUCCUCUCCACAAACUACACUGGAGUUUACUGGUGUGAGUCUAAAUCUGGAGAAAACAGUAGUCGUGUCAACAUCACAGUUCAUGAUGGUGGUGUGAUCCUGGAGAGUUCUGUUCAUCCUGUGACUGAGGGACAUCCUCUGACUCUACACUGUUUAUAUCGUAACACAAAUCCCUCAAAACUCCGAGCUGAUUUCUAUAAAGAUGGAUCAGUCGUCCAGAACCAGACUACAGGAGAGAUGAUCAUCCAUAAAGUCUCGAAGUCAGAUGAAGGUUUCUACCACUGUAAACACCCAGAGAGAGGAGAGUCACCGAGAAGCUGGAUCUCAGUCAGAUAUUUAGAUUCUAAAUUCAGUGUUGAAACAGGAGUAGUUGUGGGACUGAGUUUGGUCUUUGUGUUCAUUGUUUUGCUGAUAUUAAUGAUCCUGCUGUGGUGCUGCAAGAUGAAAAAAGAAAAGCAGCAGAAAUCCAGUCAGACAUCAGAGCAGAAUCAGAGGCGAUCAGGAGCUGAAGACUCUCAGUCAGGACACAAACCACUUCAGACUGGUGAAGCUGCAGCUCAGAGCAGUGAAGUUACUUACACACAGGUCAUGAAGAAAAAGAAGACAAACAGGAAGAAUGGUGCUGAUGCUCAACUUGACAAUAAUGAUGUUACUUAUGCUGAGGUUCAACUAAAGCCUAUGAAAAAAGCGAAGAGAGCACAAGAAAAGACCAGAGUGGAUGAUGAUACUGUUUACUCAGAGCUGCAUCAUAACAUGAAGCUGCCUUCACAUCUUCACAUCAGUCAUUACAUCCUACUUGGUUUGCCAUAUGAGCCAUGUGUCUGUCUACACUGAUGAAGCUACAGACAUCAGCAUGAGAGCUGGAAAUCUCUGAGUUGUGCUUUUCUUCUGUUUUUCCCAAAAUUUUCAGAUGUUAAAUGGUUCUCUGAACCAUUUCCACAAUAUCAGAAUGUUUCCUGAAAUAUGUGUAAACCAGUGUAAAGUUCAGGAGAUGGUUCAAGUCAUUCUAAAGAGUUUUAUGAUCUACCAAUAUGAUAGAGUUUUAUGAUCUUUAAAAAUAUAUUUAUCAAGAGAAAAUGUUGAUGAAUUGUUUGAGGGUUGAGUUUUUCUUCUGCAGAAUAACAUCUGGCAUGUGGGAAAUAAAUGUGUCCCAAUGUAGUCACCUGCACCUUCAAACCUCAAAACAUUUCCUGCACAGAAAUCAGCACAAAUGGUUGUUCAGAAAAAAAUGUAAUACUAAGUUAGUCGCUGGACCUCCGUUAACACAAAUCAUACCAUAGUAGAGUUUAAUUCAGACAGAAUGGAAUAAGAUAGGUGAAUAAGUGAAUAUGGUUUCAGUUGCAGGAUUUGAGAAUGAAAAUGUGCAGUGGAAUAGUUUCCAGUGUAGGUUGUAUUUUCUGUAAAUGUGACUGCAGUCAGAGCGGUUGGUGAGAAGCUCAGUGUUACUGGAGUUAAAGGAAGUACAUUUUUGCAUGGAUGCAAAAUAAAAACAAGUUCAUUGGCUGUUAUCUGAAUUAUAGUGGCGAACGUUUAUUGUGUUUUGUGUUUUCUCAGUAUCAGUUCCACCACUACUGUAUAUGUAUAUCUUAUUUUCUUUGUGAGAUUACAUCUAAUUAAAUUACAAGG